AUGCUGGCACCGACUACGCUCACGGAAAUUGUCAGCAUCGACAUCGAAGAUUUUAGCGAGUCGUUCUUGACAUGCUCGACAUGUCUGUGCCCCUUCGAUGACGAGCAUCGCAAGCCGAAGCUGCUCAACUGCUCGCAUACCGUAUGCUCGACGUGUCUUGAGGCGAUCGCCGAUUUGCCUCAGUCGUUGGACACCGGAUCGUUCCGCUGCCCGAUCUGCCGGGAGACGAUCCCGGUGCCGAGGGGCGGCAUCUCCGCACUCCCGCCCAGCUUCCUAGUCAAUCAGCUGAUCGACCAUAUGAACCACCGUCGUCGCGACCUUGUCCCAAAGUGCACCUCUCAUCAGACCGAGGAACUGUUGUUCUGCGAAAUGUGCGAUUCGGUGUUUUGUCCGGCGUGCACGGUCGCUGAGGAUUGUCAGAACCAUACGGUGCGUAUGUCUGAGAUCAUGCUUUACAAAGCCAAUCAGUGCAUCAAGACGUUGAACCGGGCGGCUGACAACGUCAACCGUGAGAUCGAGGCGCUCCGGGACAACAUUUUGACGGCUACCGAACAGUUGAACUCCUCAUUCGCCCAACUAGCCAGUCUGGUGAACGAACGGCGCAACGAACUGCUGCAGGUUUUACGCACAACCGAAGACAACAAACGCAAAAUACUUAUGGUAACGCUGAACGAUGAUGGUAACUUUACAUAA